AUGUCUUCUUCGCAGCCGGCGAACAAACCCAAGAAGACAAUACAUGAUUUCUUUAAGCCCUACCUCAAAAGCACUGUUCCAGCAAAAAGACCAUCGCCGUCGAUCGAAGAGUCAGAGGAGGCCGGGACCUCACGCAAAGAUGAGGCGCACACAAGGACGCCCAAGGCAAAGGACAGACAAAAGAUUGACAACGGUCGCAUGAAGACACCAGGAUCCUCUGCACGAUCACCAUUCUCGGCGCCUGGUUCUAGAGCCUCGCUUUCCAUCCGAAGUAAAACCUCCCACGCAAAGACUCCUGUAGAUCCACCAUCGAUAUACAAACAAGCCUCGAUAUUCAGCUCACCGAGUCAGAACGACCUGACCCCGAAACAACCGCAAACCAAGUCUUUCUCGUUCGCCGACCUCCCAAGUUCGGCGCAAGCAGUACUCAAGGAUGGCGAAGUCAUAGAAGUGCUUGACUCGGAUGAGGACGAUACAGACUCGCUCGAGUCGCUGGAGGAUUUCUUUAUCGGGAAGAAGACCGGCCACACUGCCUCAUUGUCGUCCACACCUGAUGAUGAUGAUCAGGCUGCGCUCGAGGCAGAACGUGUAAGGACGUUGAGUCUAUUUUUGGGAACUUCUCGCAAGCAGGGGCCGUUGGUGGGCAAAGACAAGAUACGGGAAUUGCGCGCGAAAGAGAGGGCCUUCACGUUCAACAUGGCCAGCCUUUUGGACGACCAUUUCGAGGACGAGGAGGUGGAGAAUAAUGUGCGGAAAGCCAGAGCAGAGGUAGACGCGGCGAUCAAGGUAGAAGAAGCAGCUAACGCUCCGGAUGUGGACAAGAAACUUUUGGCUGCUGUUGCAACGACAGAAGAUGGCGAGCACGGGGUUGCGAGACUUAUGGAUGCCGUUGACCGCACCGAAGCCCUGACCUCGCAGCAAGUCUUCCUGUUCUUCGGGGUGGACGGGUUUAACGACUGGCACGAUGAAGAGCCUUCUGAACUCCCCUUCCCCGAAGAUGCGAUUCCCGACGAUCUAUGGAGGAAAGAAGAUAAUGAGGCCAGGUCAAGGGCAUAUCUGUCCGGCUACAUGGCCGACUUGGCGACGCGCCGCGGCGUUAAGGACCAAGUCCUAAACUGGACCUUUGAGAACGUCUUACUCGAGCGGUCAGAUGAAGUCAGACAAGCAUACAUCGAUUGUCUACGGAGUGCAAGCUCGACGUGGACGAGAAACCACGUCUCGGCCCAGGACAUCCAGAAUAUCUUUCGAACAAUGGGCGCCGAUAACAGCAGCCUUCAGGACUCUGUCGAGAUCAAGCCUAGGCAUCGACUGCUCAGAGCACCGGCCAGGCAGAAUCCGAAAUAUCUGCUCGCAGUGUUGGACCUCUUCCGAGCGAUCUGCCGAGACAUGGAUUUCCUGGCUCUAAGCAAAUUGACUUCUGUGCUCUGUCGGCUCGCCAUUGACGCAGAAAUUAUGAGCGACGGCGUUAUCAGCGCAAAAGUCGAGGAUUUGCUGGGGUUUCUUCUCUCUCUCCCCGAUGUCGAAAUGCGUGCCCAUGUCGCUGAGCGUCUGCUAGCCGACGUGGGUAAAUAUCUCAAAGAUCCAACCCUUCAGGCUCACCUCCUAUGUCACAUCCCGCCGACAUCGCCACUAGCAUGCAAAGUACGCGUCCUCCUCAGCCAAGUCUUCCUUCUCGGCCUGUCCGUCCUCAAAAAGUCGACCUUGGUCUCCCUCAGCGUCUCCCUCGACAUUCUGACCAAUCACAUCUCCACAUCGCCUGACUUCGACACGAAACGAAGAAAAGGGGGCAGCACAAUUGAUUAUAUCGCUCUGCGUGCUCGCACUCACCUCUUGGACGUCGCCAUCUGUGACGGCGGCCGCCCAGAUUCCUUCACCAGCCGUGCUGAUGAACACGCUUUCAACAAAUCCGUCGAUCGCCUCGCCGACGCCGUCAAAACGAUCGAAGUUGCCAUUAACGAUCCCGGGGCCUCACACAUGACGAGGACAGAAGCCAAGGACGAUCUGAGAGCCUUGCAAACUCGAUUACUCUUCGGUGUGAGGACGGAGGUGCGGCCGAAACGCCAUAUCUUCGACGGCACGAAAAUGAGGGAGGCGGCCGAGGUUAGGAGUGAGGAGCAGGGAAAGGAUUUCAUGAAGCGAUUUUUUGGACGGGUCAAGGAGAGGCAGGCAGUGAAGGGACGAGAUGAUGAAGACGGCACGCUUGCUGCUCACGACGAGAAGUUGGCGAGUUCCACGUCAUCCAGUGGGACAUCGGAGACGGAGAAGCAGAUCCGCAGGCAGUUGAAUCUCGACGACUAA